GGCCACAGUGGACGGCAGGAGCAGGACACCGCGAUGCCCGACUCCCCCGCGGAGGUGAAGGCGCAGCCCCGGGCCACGCCCCCCGCCAUGCCGCCCCCGCCGCCCGCCGCCUCCCAGGGGGCCGCACGGCCCCCGUCCUUCACGCCGCACACGGAUCGAGAGGACGGGCCCGCGCCGGCACUGCCCCACGGCCGGUUCCACGGCUGCUUAAAGUGGUCCAUGGUCUGUCUUUUGAUGAACGGCAGCGGCCACUCGCCCACGGCGGUCAGCGGGGCCCCGUCCACGCCCAGCGGCGUCAGCAAUGGCCCGGCCUCCUCCUGCUCGGCCGCCCUGUCCACGCAGCACCUGCCCCCGGCCUGCGGCGCCCGGCACCUCAGCAAGCUCAAGCGCUUCCUCACCACGCUGCAGCAGUUCGGCGGCGACAUCUCCCCGGAGAUCGGGGAGCGCGUGCGCACCCUCGUGCUGGGCCUGGUGAACUCGACGCUGACCAUCGAGGAGUUUCAUUCCAAGCUCCAGGAGGCCACCAACUUCCCGCUGCGGCCCUUCGUCAUUCCCUUCCUGAAGGCCAACCUGCCGCUGCUGCAGCGCGAGCUCCUGCACUGCGCCCGCCUGGCCAAGCAGACGCCCGCCCAGUACCUGGCGCAGCACGAGCAGCUGCUGCUGGACGCCAGCGCGGGCUCCCCGGCCGACUCCGCCGACCUCCUGCUGGACGUCAACGAGAACGGCAAGAGGAGGACGCCGGACAGGACCAAAGAGAACGGGUCGGACCGGGACCCGCUGCUCCCCGAGCCCCUGGGCAAGCGGCCCUGCACCCUGAGCCCCGCCCAGCGCUACAGCCCCAGCAACGGGCUGCCCCACCCCGCCCCGCCCCCGCACUACCGCCUGGAGGACAUGGCCGUGGCCCACCACUUCCGAGACCCCUACCGCGCCCUGGACCCCCGGGACCUGCGGGAGCGCCAUCGGCACCUCGCAGUGCCUGGGUCCCGGCAAGAGGAAGUAAUCGACCACAGGCUCACAGAGCGUGAGUGGGCGGAAGAGUGGAAGCACCUCAACAACCUCCUGAACUGCAUCAUGGACAUGGUGGAGAAGACGCGGCGGUCGCUCACGGUGCUGCGUCGGUGCCAGGAGGCCGACCGCGAGGAGCUCAACCACUGGGUCAGGCGCUACAGCGACGCUGAGGACGCGAAGAAGGGCCCCGCGCUGGCCGCCGCCCAGCCCCUCAGCAGCUCCACCGGCCCGGAAGGGUCUCAGCUAGAUGUCCACCGGGACUUCAUGCCUAGGACCCUCUCUGGCUACAUGCCCGAGGACAUCUGGAGGAAGGCCGAGGAGGCGGUGAACGAGGUGAAGCGGCAGGCGAUGUCGGAGCUGCAGAAGGCCGUGUCGGACGCGGAGCGCAAGGCCCACGAGCUCAUCUCCACGGAGCGCGCCAAGAUGGAGCGGGCCCUGGCCGAGGCGCGGCGGCAGGCCUCCGAGGACGCCCUGACCGUGGUCAACCAGCAGGAGGACUCCAGUGAGAGCUGCUGGAACUGCGGGCGCAAGGCCAGCGAGACGUGCAGCGGCUGCAACGCGGCGCGCUACUGCGGCUCCUUCUGCCAGCACAAGGACUGGGAGAAGCACCACCACGUGUGUGGCCAGAGCCUGCAGGGCCCCGGGGGCAUGGGGGCCGACCCCGGGCAGCCCGAUGCCACCACCGGCCUGGACCCCUCCCUGCCCGUGGGGGCCGCCAGCCCCAGCGAGGCCGGCUCCGCGGGGCCCUCCCGCCCCGGCUCCCCCGGCCCGCUGGACGCCGUGCCCCGCUGACCCCUCCCGGCCCCCCGGCCUGCCGGACACAGCACCCGCCAAGCCCACCCGGCCCGGCCCGGCCCCGGGAAGCCGGCCGAUCGGAGUCGCUGCUGCUACUGCCUCUCUCCAAAAGAAGACACGGAUGCGACGAAUCCCGCGUCCGGUGCAACUUCUCAGCUACCUGACAGCUCGAGCGACGGCCUCUCUCUUCGCGAGCACCCUCGAAACCUCCGAGUGAGCUUCAGACGCCCGGCCGAGGCGUGAGGCAGGCGUGACGGCUCUGCGCGCCUGCGCUCAUGCUCUGUCUCUCUCGUUUUCCUACCUGAGUGACUUUCACACGUUUUCUCUUGAAUGAAAAAAAAAAAUCUAACGGGUGGGUUAAUGUGUUCAGCGAAGAGUUUUUCGGGGUUUUGUUUUGUCGGCAAAAGAGCUACUCAGAGAAGUGGACAAAGAAAACUGUGGGGGUUCCCCCUUCCCGAUGAAUAGGGGGAAAAAAGAAAACUGUUAUCCUAUAGCGGGAGACCGCAACGCCGCCGUGGCCGCCGCCGUGCACCCAGGCCUCCCUGGGGUGUGCCGGCACGGUGGAGACGGUAAGAACGAUCGCGGUUUCCGACUCAAGAAGCGUUUUUUAGUUUCAGAUUUUCUUUUUCUAACUUUUAAGGUUAAACUCUUUGGCUUUAAGUAAAAAAAUCCAAAAAGUUUUUUUUUAAAAAAAAAAAAGAAGCAAAGGAAGCACACCUGUACCUACCUUGCUAGCUAGCCACCCAAGGAUGCCGGACUCACCUCGCUGCAAAGGAAACCCAAAAAGCAAACCCAAGAAGUCGAGAUCCAAAAUGUCUCUGUCACUGCCAAAGUACUUUUUUUUAUUUUUUCCCACUGUUUCCCUCCUCUCUCGGGCUUGUUCGGAUGUCGGUCUUUUUUUCUUCUCUUUUUGUCUUGAUUUUGCCUGUGGGGCACUGGGGAUAUUGAAGUCUUGGAGGGGUUUGUGCCCGACCAGAAGCAACUUUUUUGUUUCCGUGUGGCGGUUUGGCCGCGCUCGGGGCACCGCGUGUGCCGCCCACGUGUCCUCCUGUGUCGGGGGUAGGGGGAGACACAGACCCCCACCCCCGCCCCCGUCUGUCUUCACGCCCUCUGUGACUUCUCGUAUCUCAGUUUUCCACUCGUGGAAAAGAAGCGCUUGAAGCUCUCCCCCCAGAGAGGGCGAAAUUCCGAGACAAAACUGUGACAAUCUUGUGGGUUGACUCUUCACCGCUCCGGAAGGCAGGAGGGGAUGGCGGCCGCCCUGAGACACGGCCUCUCUCCGCGGCGUCCUCUACCUCUGUCCCCCUCCCCCCCGGCUCCUGCCCGGUCCAGCCCUCGCCACCUGGCCGUGGCCACCGUCCUCUCGCCCAAACUUUUACAGAAAAACAGAAGCACGAGCAGCCUGCCUUCUCCCGGCCGGCGAGGACCGAGGGCAGUGCGUGACCUUGGCACCUGUCCAGGUGCUGCUCCGUGGCGACCGCCUCCCGCCCUGCCCGGGGUGUGUCGGGUGACACUG